AUGGAGUCUAGUGACAUUACUACAGCAACCACCAAUAGCCGCUCAGUUUCGCCUUCUCCAUCGUCUUCUCCACCUCGUCCACCAGUUGUUCUCAGCCCAUGUGCAGCUUGUAAGGUUCUAAGGCGAAGGUGUGCAGAUAAGUGUAUCCUGGCACCAUAUUUUCCUCCCAAUGACCCCCUCAAGUUUACAACUGCUCAUCGCGUUUUCGGGGCAAGCAACAUAAUCAAGUUCCUGCAGGAACUCCCAGAGUCUCAGAGAGCUGAUGCCGUGAGUAGCAUGGUUUACGAGGCGAAUGCUAGGCUUAGAGACCCUGUUUAUGGCUGUGCUGGAGCAAUUUGCCAACUUCAAAAACAAAUCAAUGAGCUUCAAGCACAAGUAGCCAAGGCACAAGCUGAGAUGGUCAAUAUGCAUUGCCAACAAGCCAACCUCAUGGACUUGAUUUCCAUGGAAAUGUCCAAAUCUCCACAAACAUCACCACCACAUCUACAAUCCUGCGACAACUUCAUGACUAGUCCUUACAGUCUCCCCAGCAAUCUGAGCUUCCUCGACGAAAGCAAUCUAGGGUUUUGGGAGCCUCUCUGGACAUGA